UUUCCCUUCAAAUCCCAAACCAUGACUUUUCUUUUCUUUUUCAUUUCCUUCUUCUUCUUCUACUCUUCUUCAUCUCAAAAAAUUUGUCCCAAUUGUGGUCUCCAAAAAGUCCCAUAUCCAUUAAGCACUAACCCCAAUUGUGGCAAUCCCGAUUACACUCUCAAAUGCCAUAAUCAAAAACUAUACUUCAAUGCCCUAAAUGGAACUUCAUAUCUUGUCCUCAAAAUCAACCCCCAAACUCAAAAACUAGUGAUCCAAACUCAACCAUGGUUACCUAACCAAUGCAUUACUCAAGAUUUCCCGGUUAGUGAAGGACUAUGGUUAAACCAAUCACUCCCAUUCAACAUAUCAUCGCAAAACACCAUUUUCAUCUUCAAUUGUUCCCCUCGUUUACUUGUGUCCCCUCUUAAUUGCACUCGGUCUAGUCUUUGUCAUGAGUAUCUGGAAAACUCGGGCAGGGUUGACCCUGCCCGAGUUCUUCAAUGUGCAAAUACAAUCAACCCAUGUUGUACUUUCAUUGCCGGAGGUCUCCCGUCGGCUUACAAGAUCCGGUUGCAUUCCUCCGGUUGUCGGGCUUUUAGAAGCAUUAUAAAUUUAGAAAAUGAAAAACCCGCAAAAGAAUGGGAAGAGGGGGUUGAGAUUCAAUGGGCCCCACCGCCGGAACCCGUUUGUAAAACUCAAACCGAUUGCUCCGGUGAGUCCAAGUGUGAAAUUACCGAAAAGGGUAUAUCCCGAUGUAUUUGUAACCGACGUUAUUAUUGGGAUCACGUCCUCGGAGUCUGCUCGAAAAAGGGUAUCUCAAAAACCGGGUUUCCGGUCAAGAUUUCGAUCGGGGUGGUCUUGUUUUUUGUGGCGGCGGUGGUGAUGGCCACCGUGACAAUCGGAAAAUCAAGAAAGAUUCGCCGGAAAGCAGAGGUGGCGAAGAAAAGAGAAGAGUUGUUCAAAUCGAACUCCGGGAUGAAAUCCGCAAGAAUGUUUACGUUAAAAGAAUUAAAGACAUCAACAAACGGGUUUUCAAAAGAUCGAAUUUUAGGAAUCGGUGGAUUCGGUGAAGUUUAUAAAGGCAAUCUGCCAGAUGGCACGAUCAUAGCCGUUAAAUCUGCAAAAGUAGGCAACAUAAAAAGCACACAACAAGUCCUUAAUGAAGUCGCGAUUCUUUCUCAAGUCAACCACAAGAAUCUUGUUCAACUUUUGGGUUGUUGUAUUGAAGCCGAACAGCCACUAAUGAUCUAUGAGUUCAUUUCCAAGGGUACCCUUUAUCAACAUUUACACAAAGAGUCCUCCAACUUUUUAAAUUGGCAAUUAAGGGUAAAAAUAUGUUUACAAACCGCCGAAGCGUUAGCUUAUCUUCACAAUUCGGCUCAUACUCCAAUUUAUCAUCGUGAUAUAAAGUCAACUAAUAUACUUUUAGAUGAUGACUUCAAUGCAAAAGUUUCCGAUUUUGGCCUUUCGAGACUGGCUCGGCCAGGGUUGAGUCAUGUAUCAACUUGUGCUCAAGGGACAUUGGGGUAUCUGGACCCGGAGUAUUAUAGAAACUAUCAGUUAACUGAUAAGAGUGAUGUUUACAGUUUUGGGGUUGUGUUGCUUGAGGUUUUGACUACAAAAAAGGCGAUUGAUUUUGAGAGAGGGGAGGAGGAUGUGAAUUUGGCAGUUUAUGUGGCUCAACGGUCGGAUUCGGUUAUGGAGGUGGUGGAUCGGCGGUUGGUUGGGGAGGAGCCGCCUGGUCCAGUGGUGGUUAGUGUGAAGAUGUUUUGUAAGCUUGCUCUUGCUUGUUUGAGAGAGAAGAAAGGGGAUAGACCAAAUAUGAAAGAAGUGGUGCAAGAACUUCAAUCUAUAAUUAAUGUUUUAAAUCAAGAAGAGGUUUCUAAUGAGGCAAGUGUAGUGUCUUUAGGUUGAAUUGUCUUUGACCUUUAGUUGUAUACUUGCCUAGCCGUAAGAAUAUGAGAUUCUGUAAGUGAAGUAUCACAUAGAUGAGAUUUCAUAAGUGAGAUAUUGAUUUUAAGCCGAGAUACAUCUUUCUUACUUUGGAACACGUACUUUUUUUUUUUUUUUUUUUUUUUUGUAUUUUUUUUGUAUUUUUUAUGUUUGGUUUAGGUAUUAAGAGAUGAUUUCCAUUGUUUUUUUUUUUUUUUUUUAAUAUGUCGAUAUAUGCUUUUGCGUUUAGAAUGUAUAUUCAUAGUAUAGAAAGGGGUAUGUGGUUUGAUUGAUGUUAGCUUAAUAAGAUUACAAGCUUUAUUUUGUAUUAGGUCUUAUGUUGGCCUAUUAGCUAGUUUAUAUAUUUUGUCUUUUCUUUUCAUUGUAUCUUGUAUUUCUCAUUUGAUAAUAAUAUAAAACCUUGACUGUUUUAUGUCCUGAUAGUUUACAUGGUAUCAAAGCUCGAUUUGAUUAUCAAUAUUUUCGUUUUUGAGGGGCGAGUUAUAGACUGCAUUGCGUUGGUAAGGGGCAGCGCGCCCCGUCUUUGAAAAUUUUCGCAAUUUUUGGUAUGGUUUUCUUGCUCGUUUAUGUAUUCCGUCUGAUUUGAUUUGUUCGUUUUGUCGAUUUCAAGGUUUUCGUUUCGUCUGUUGGUUUUGUUGAUUUCUAGAUCUUGAUUGUUGCUAUUGCUACUCGUAUUUACUGCUAUUUUUGUUUGACUGAUAUUGAAAUAUGGCCCCGAGAGAUGAUUAUCUUCAGUCCAUUAGUAUUCAACUCGAUGGCAAAAACUAUGCCUAUUAGAGUUAUGUUAUGAAAAA